AUGGGCCACACCACUACUCAAGCAGUGGAAUCCUCCCAUGCUGCGAUCAAGAAAUACCUUGUUUCUUCUAGGGCCGACCUCAAGAGCGCCACUCACGGGCUCCCUUGUCGGCAUAUUCUAUACCGACAUCUGACUGGCGACGAGCCAGUGACCAUACAGCAGAUUCACAAGCAUUGGUGGUUGUGGCGGCCGCAGGAACAACAGCAUGUUGGCGAUGAUGACAGUAGAAAUCCCAAUGUUGAAGUGGUUGGGAUUAUGCCGAUGCCAGACAUCCCGUUGGAUCCUCGUCAGGUGAAGGGCAAGGGCCGCCCUGUUGGGGCAAUUGCCACUACCUCUGCUGCUUCCAGGAAGAAGGGCGCUGGCGUCAACAGCACCAAGCGGCUGCCGUCAGCAUUCGAAUACAACAUCGAAGACGAACUAACCACGGCAGUACCGGCGCCGAAGCAGCAGCAGCAGCAGCAACAGGCCGGCGCGGCCUCAACGAAGCGAUUCGGGCCAGCGCCGCCGCCGCCAUCAACAGCGCCAGCAGCAUUGGGAUUAGGGCAGGGCCGAGCUAUUGAGGGCAGCAGCAGGAUAGAGCAAGUUCAGCAGGGACUUCGGGGUCGGCGCCGUGAUGCCGAGUGGAGCGCCCAAACGCAGACUUCCGUUGAGGACCGCAUUGAGGACUGUAUUGUGGUCGCCAUGACCUCGGUCAAAGGCGCCACAGCCAAUUCCAUGGUUACAAGUACAAAACUCGGUCUGCAGCGCCUGCGCCAGGUUGGGAGAGACUCGUACGAACCCGGCACAGCGGCACCGCGGGCCUCCAGUCGAUUCAUCGAUGGCCUAGAUGCCCUGGAUCCCGACAUUGAAGAUGACCAUGAUCGGGCGCUAGCGGCAGCCGAAGUAGCUGCCCGCGAGGAUCAGGAAGAUGCUGUUGCUUUGGGGAAUUAG